AACCCGGAAUUCUGGUGCUUCCUCCCACAUGUGUCCUCCGUGUGGAACCCAUAUACAGAGAGAAUGAAGUAUAUUGUUCAUAUACUUUGUAAGUAUUGAAUAAUUUUUGCUCCCGGAAACCGAUGUACUCUUCCCCACAGCUACCCCUGGCCCGUGUGCCCACCUCCGCCAUGGACAGACCCGAAUCCGGAGGACUCGAAUCGUCUCUGCUCCAACUCAUCAACGAUCAUCACCACCACUCUCUCUCAACCCGCGAACACGCCGAGAAAGCGAAGAAGGCGGCAAUUAGGAGUGCGGUGCGGGUGUCGGAUCUGCUGGUGGAUGCAGUGAACGGAGGAGUCCAAGAAUCGUUCGUGAACGAGAAGCGGAUCGAGCUGGAAAUUAGGGCACUGGCGGUUACCGUCGUGCGUUUUGCCAAGCAGACCGACCAGUGGCUUGCGGCUUCUCAUACCAUCAACACUGCUGUCAAGGAAAUUGGUGAUUUUGAGAACUGGAUGAAGACCAUGGAAUUCGAUUGUAAAAGCAUCAGUGCCGCGAUAUGCAACAUUCACCAAGCGUAAUCCCAUCGCGAAAUAUCCAUCCUUUGUGUUCAUAUCCGCAAUGGCGCAGUUUAUGAUCUAAGGGAUGAGAUUGGCAAAGGUUUGAACAGCUGCAGGAUAGAUGUUGGUGGUGCUUUCACUUUCUUUUUUUCUUGCUUCUUUUUGGAAUCCAGUGCCCAUUUCUCUUUGCGGUAGUUCCUUAAACUAGUGGGGCUGGCUGGCGUUGGUAGUCUUAGUUUAUGCUAUUUAUGCACGUCUUGGGUAUCAUGUAUUUACGUCGUUUCCAAGCUCAAUACCCAACAGAGAAGCAAAUUCAUGGUGUGAAUCGCGAAAUGCUUAAUUCUAAUUCUUCAAUUUAUCUUUGAUC